AUGAAACUUGAUAGUCUUCGUCUUUCCGAUCUUCCUCUAGUUCAUACAUUUAUACCAUCUUUUCUCAAUACUAUAGAACUUCAUUAUGCUUAUCAAUUAUAUAUUGGUUAUGAUUGUGAUAAUCCAUGGUAUGAUAAUGAACAAAAUUGGAGUGAUCUAAUUAAUUUUAUCCAUAGUUACAUAAGAAAUACUAGUUCAUCCGAUUUUCGCGUAGACAUAAAAGUAAAUGUACUCUAUGGAAUGGAUCAGAGAAUUACUGCUAUUUGGAAUACAUUAGCAGCUAUUGCCUAUAAGGAUGAUUGUGAUUACUUUUAUCCAGCAAAUGAUGAUCUACAAUUACGANAUGUUAUCAUUCUCGCUGGUUUUUGGCUUCGAUGGAGUGCUAUACGAUUGCCGAGAACCAUCGAAUUGUUAAAUCUAACGAAGAGUCAGAAACUUCUUGUUCUAGGGUUGAAAAACUUUGGUGUCAUCGAUUUAAAAAAAUACAUGAACAUGUCGUACGAAUUUCGCAUUCAGCAGUUUCAACAACCCGAAGAAAAUGCUACAGAAGUGAAUACAAUCAUGAAACGAAGCUUCAGUCCAUCAGUGUAUAUCGAUACCAUAGGCAUGGUCUGUGUUUUCCAGAAUAACACGUGUCCUAUCUUUACUCCGCAUGGUAAACUCAUCACCUAUGAUGGCUGGCAUACGAUGAAACACGGCGCGCGUUAUGUCGGUGAAAUUAUCUUUAGUCAAUAUCCACUAAAUCAGCUGUGA